AUGGCCGCGAUGAACGCGAACGCGCUGUCGAGUGACAUAAGCCGCAGGAAUCCGCAGGACGAGUACGAGCUCAUCCAGAGAAUAGGCAGCGGGACCUACGGCGAUGUCUACAAGGCUAAACGGCUCUCCAUGAACGACCUCGCGGCUAUUAAGGUUAUCAAACUGGAGCCAGGCGACGACUUUGCAAUUAUUCAACAGGAGAUUCUAAUGAUGAAGGACUGUAGGCAUCCUAAUAUUAUUGCAUAUUACGGCAGUUACCUGAGAAGGGACAAGUUGUGGAUAUGUAUGGAAUACUGCGGAGGUGGAUCCUUGCAGGAUAUAUAUCAUAUAACCGGACCAUUAUCAGAAAUACAAAUAGCGUUUAUGUGUCGGGAGACUCUCACUGGUUUAGCUUACUUACAUAGCAUGGGCAAGAUGCAUCGUGAUAUUAAGGGUGCCAAUAUAUUGUUGACCGAAGCGGGUGAUGUAAAAUUGGCAGACUUCGGUGUAUCCGCGCAGAUCACUGCGACGAUUAAUAAGAGGAAGAGUUUUAUCGGUACACCUUAUUGGAUGGCUCCUGAGGUAGCGGCUGUGGAAAGGAAGGGCGGUUACAAUCAGUUAUGUGAUAUUUGGGCGUGCGGAAUAACCGCGAUAGAAUUAGCGGAAUUGCAGCCACCGAUGUUCGAUCUGCAUCCGAUGCGCGCCCUGUUUCUCAUGUCCAAGUCGGGCUUCAAGCCACCAACGCUGAAGGACCGCGACAAGUGGAGUCCAACGUUCCAUAAUUUCGUCAAAGUCGCCCUCACGAAGAAUCCGAAGAAGAGACCGACGGCGGAGAAGUUGCUUCAGCACGCGUUUUUCCAAGCAGAGAUGAGUAAGAGACUGGCGUUAGAAUUACUGCAAAAAGUAUCGAAUCCAAGUCACAUGUUUGCUGACCUGGAAGCUGAUGAGGACGGCGCGGUACCCAAUGUACCGCAAAGGAUAGCGUCGCGUCAUACCGCGAGACCUAGGCCGAAAAGUCCGAUCUCGCAAUUGGAUAGCGACGAUCAAAUUAAUAUCGAUGGAGGAACGUUGCAGAGAGACGUGCCGUCUGUAGAUAGCAACCCAGCAUGGGACAUCAUGGACAUAAUGAAUAAUGUUAAGGCUGUACAUAAUUGUGACGUGCAUCCAGACUGUGGCAUUGGCACUGCGUUCGAGGAUGUCCAAGAAAAGAGUCUAUUGCAGUACAUUGAUGAGGAGUUGUUGCUAAGGGGGAAUGCAAUGUCGACGGUUGGUGGUCAUUGCGACCAGCUAUAUUCCCUGCAAGCUACUCUUCCACUUGGGGAAUCAUCAAGUGAUUGCGAAGUCCACUGUCCAUAUUACAGUGUGUCUGGAUCUCAAGCAAGUCCGCGACGUCACAGUUCUGUGGACGAAUUGUAUGGUCUUGUUAGCAAUACUCAGUCGUUGACGGCUGUAAAUGGGCAACGUCAGCGAUCAUUAUCAGACAGUGGUCCAAGAGAUGAGUCGUCACAGUCAAAUGGUGACAAUGAGACGUCAGCUGAUCGAGAUAGGGAAAGUAUGAGUCCUGAUUUAUUGUCAGACACACCGCCUGUGCCUCCAAGGAGAAGGGAUCGGAAAAGACAUACGCCACCAAGACCCAUUAGUAAUGGACUCCCUCCCACUCCAAAAGUGCACAUGGGAGCGUGUUUCUCAAAAGUAUUCAACGGCUGUCCAUUGAGAAUACACUGUACCGCAAGUUGGAUUCAUCCAGAUACAAGAGAUCAACAUUUGCUCAUCGCGGCGGAGGAAGGAAUUUAUAAUCUGAACUUAAACGAACUUCAUGAAACUGCGAUAGACCAAUUAUAUCCGAGACGCACCAUCUGGAUGUACGUUAUUAAGGAUGUUCUUAUGUCCCUUUCUGGAAAAACGCCUCAGUUGUACAGGCACGACUUAUUAGCGAUACUGAGUAAGCAAACUCAUAGGUUUUCGUUGCACAUGAACAAAAUACCGGAGAGAUUAGUCCCUAGGAAAUUUGCCCUCACUACGAAAGUACCGGACACAAAGGGGUGUAUCAAGUGUUGCGUUGGGAGGAAUCCGUAUAACGGGUACAAGUAUUUAUGCGGUGCGAUGCCAGCCGGUAUAUUCCUUAUGCAGUGGUACGAUCCGUUGAAUAAAUUUAUGCUUCUGAAACAUUUCGAUUGUGCUCUACCGUCGCCGUUAAACGUCUUCAAGAUGGUUAUUACGCCGGAGAUGGAGUACCCAAUGGUCUGCGUAUCAGUGAAGCAGCCAUAUCAGCAAAACAAAUUGAAGCUGGACUUAAUUAAUAUGAAUUCGGGAGCAAGCUGGUUCCAUAGCGAUGAAUUGGAGGAUAUGGAUGGCUCAGCGACUGUGAUACCAAGAAGAGAAAAUUUGAAUGUUAUUAAUGUUACGCAGUUCGAGAAAGAUGCAAUACUCGUUUGUUAUGACAACGUGGUGAAGAUGGUGACCUUACAGGGGAAACCUCGUGUUAGCAAGAAACAGUUGUCCGAGCUACAGUUUAAUUUUCAAAUCGAAUCUAUUAUCUGCCUACCAGAUAGUGUAUUGGCAUUUCAUAAGCACGGUAUGCAAGGUAGAAGUUUCAAGAAUGGCGAAGUUACGCAAGAGAUUAGUGAUCCGAGCAGAACUUAUAGGCUACUCGGCUCAGAUAAGGUUGUGAUGUUGGAGAGUCAUCUGGUUCACAGUGGUACACUGACCGAAUCGGAGGGGGCGGAUUUGUACAUUCUUGCUGGACACGAAGCUAGCUACUAAAUAGUCGAUUUCUAGUAGCUGGUACGUGACUCUACGCCAUGCGUCAUCGUCUCGCACGAUUUGUGAUUGGACUGCGUAUAAAUUGUGAAACGACUCACAAGAGCGGUGAGCUUAAGGCUGCAGAGGUAAAAAAAAACACUUUACAAUCAAAUUAAUUUCCGCUGCGAGUACGCGCACGCGCCGCGUCUGAUCUUACUCGAAUCGCAUCGUUUGCGUGCGAUUCAAACGGUCGCGGUAGUUACCGUUGUCUCUCCGCGUAGCCGAAAUCGCAUAGACUGGUAGAUAUUCGCGAUAACUUUUUUUAACGAGAUGAGUCGUAGACAGUUCCCAAUAAUGAAUACGAGAAAUCAGGAAAAUAAAGGGAAAUAUUAAAUUUUAAGAAAAGAGAAGACGCGAACUCGAAAGAGAACGUACGUGUGCAGAAUUGUCCUUAUGCCUGAUUAAAUGAAGCCUAUAAUAGUUGCAACUAAAUCGAAUUAAGGCGAUUUAGCUGGUCAGUUUAGCUACGUGUGUUUAAAUUAACGGUCUCGUAAAUCUCGUGUGCGAUUGCGAAAAGAAAUCAAGGCGGUAAAAAUUUCCGAGAAUUAAAAAUCGAAUUUAAAUGUUUUUGGCAAUAGAACGUACUCGAAAAUAUUAUGUGCUUCUAAUCUUAUACACAGCUAAAUUAGCUAUACCGCCUUAAUGUGAAAAUAUCGCUGCAUUGCGUCGCUUGAAUGCGCUAAGGCAAUGAAGCAUUCUUCUGCAUUGUCAUAUAAGUUACACACAGUUCUCAAUCUUAUUCUUUUUUUCGAGAGUUACAUCAUAUUCAAUGCAUUAUGUUAUAGCUUUUAACCUUUGAGAACAUAUAUAACAAAGUUUGUUAGGAGUUGAUGUGUAUCUUUAACAAUUACGGAAUUACAAGACGAGAUGACAUUUAUAUUCUUACACAUGAAUAGCAUAGUUCUCGAAGGCUAAAGCGCUAUCGUUACAUAUAUUCGGAUAUUGAAAUAUCCAGAUACAUUUUAAUAAGGUAAAUAAAUGAGGUCUUUGCUGUAACAGAAUUCAUAAAAUUCUGUUUGGUGUUUUAAACGAAAUUACAAUUCAGUAUACAGGACUGUUCCAUUUCUGCUGAAUCGAAUUUCACCGAGAGAUUGAUCUCAAACAAAAGAUUCUUUCGUCGGUAUAUUUCUUGCAAUUUCUUAAUUUUUUCUACAUUAUAAAUACCAUAUUUAUAAUUUUACACAUUACAAUUACACAUUAAGUCAAAAAACAAAAUGCUUUUAUCCAUUUAAUGUGCAAAGAACUUUUUACUUUGCAUUGCUCAUAACGAUUGGAGGUGUCUCAAAAGAUUUUUUAAGAAGAAAUCGAAUCUAUCGUUUAAUUCGAUUUGAUAGAAGUGUGACGUCGUGUAUCGUGUAUGUUCCUCCAAGAAUGAUAGAUAGAUCGUAGAAGAAACGACAACGACGUAGAAGGAAAGUAGCUUCGAUGUAUGGUGCCCUUUAACAAUGUUUCUGAGAAUUUCCAUAGAGAAACAUGUUUCCUAUAAUAAUCGUAUAAUAUACCAUGUAAUAUCGUGUAUAUAUACAUAUGCAUAGUACAAAAUUCGCUCUCUCAUACCAAAGCGUUAUAACUUCGAGAAGAGAACAUGUGUACGUUCCAAUAUUAUAUUGUUCGAGCUUCAUUUUGUUAGGCAUGAGAUCACUUCGAAAGGGUUGUCUUCACUAAGACAUUGUGUUCAAUGUCUCUAAUUUUGGACAAUUGUAAAUGUAAGAUACGGCCACACAGGAUGACAUGCCGAUGUUAUCGAUAGCAAUUGCGCAUUAUUUAUCUCGAGAUGCGCCUCCUUCGUAUAUCUGUGUUAUUUUGUUUGCUACGCGAUGUUAAAGCGACUUGUAAUACGACAUAAAAUAUCCAUUGCUGACUAGUUUUGAUUUACUUGUAAUGACAAUCGGAAAUCGUUUCACUUUAUGACGAUGAUGACGAUAACGACGAUAUACUAUCGCGCGUUCAUGAAGUGAUGAGCAGAAUUACUUUUAUGUGAUUGGUCUCAAGACUGGGAGAAAUGCAUUUUCUCGUUUACAGUAGAUUUUCUUCUUGAUUCCUGAAAAAGGAAGAGUGCUGGAUAUAUUUAAGGAUAAGAAAAGAUUCCUUAUUAUUUUACAUUUACAUUUUAUAAAUGUCGUAACUUCAUUUAAUUAUCAACGUUAUUUAAUUUAACUAGAGAUUCUGCACAUUUAUAUGCAAAUAUAAGAAUAUUUUUGAAUAUUUGUUUCUGAAAAUUCAGUGUUUCGAUUGAUUCACCUAUCUAUGUCGAUGCUUAGUAAUACUAAUGUAUUAAAAACAUUCCGUUUUUUUGCCUGGAAUGAUCAAUUACGAAUCAUUAAUUAUUCGCACAGGUAAUUAGUGACUGAAAAAAUGCUGCCAUUUUAUUUGUAGGAUUGAAUUUAAUAUUAUUUUUGAAUUUAAUAUUAUUUUCUUUCGCUGACGGAUAUGUUGAAAGAUUUAAUUGUUCAUAAAAUAAAUCAUUCUUUCGACUAUAUUUGAAUAAUGUACACGUGAUUGGUGAUGCAAGUGUUAGGAAAGCUAUUAUAGUAAUUACCGUGACUAACUCGUGAUUAGUAAAACAUUUAAUCGAGGUAACGAAAUUGUUGCCUGUUACUUUGCCGAGUAUUUAAUUAAUAAUGCAUUAGUCAAACAUAUAUAAUAUCCGGCACUCCGCAUUAUCAUCGACGUAUUUGCAAGUCAGUUUUUUGUUUGCAUUUUCUAUCGAAGGGAAAUGUAAAUUGAACUGUAAAGAACAAAAUUCCAGAAUUAAAUUUAUAAUUAUUAUAUAAGUAAUCUGCGGAAUGUUAAACUAUUUUAAUAUUUUAUAUGGAUUUUUGCUCUGUAUAUAGAAAGUAGUAUAUUAUUGAGGAAAGUACUAUACUAUCGAAAAAGAAUUUAAUAUACUCGCAAAGUUGUGUAAAAAGAAUCGCUUGUUUAUGCUGAAUCGUCAUACGACUGAAAUUACGUAUGCAAGCUGAAAACAGUAUUAUUUGCAAAUAAUGCUGUUACAUAAGGUUUUCGGUGAGAUUUGAAAGUUUGCAUCGGAAUUUCGAAUUUACAUCGCGGCUUCGGAUUCCCAGAACUUGAUAUGCUUGUGAGCACAUUUUGUGAAGGAAUUCAAUUUGCUCGCAGUUUAUUUAUGCUUGAUCGGCGAUCUAUCCCGAUUGAUUGGGUAAAUAACGAAAACACGUACAUAAAGACGUAAAGAUGUAAAGACAGAGUUCGUAAUACGUACUUAUAAUUGUUGCUUCUGCAAACGAACACCAACUCGAUUAAUCAAAUUUUGCACUAAGUACGUACAUACUAUUUACAUUUAAGAUAAUAUUAGCGUGCAUUGGUACGUCAUCUUGAAACAAAAAAAAUUGAAACGUGCAAUGUCUUCCCCGUACAUACUUACGAGUGUAAUAUACCAUAGGUGUGUUAAAUGUUUGCAAUAUUGACACUUCCAGCAGAGUUUGAUAAUAUCCAUCGAGAUCGCGUAAUUUCAUGUUUAUUCAGCAAUUCGCUUUAUUAGUAUUGAAAGAAAUUAUGCGAACAAAUCAUUGUAUAAGCAAUUAUAUUGUAUACAUUUCUUUUUCGUAAUAUUAAUCGCUGAGUUUUUUGAACAUUCUCAUAUUUACCUAAAAGAGAAAAAUUGUGAUAUAUAUAUAUUAAAAAGGGAAAGCAAGAGUAUCUUCGUUUCACAUAGGAAAUAGACGUAAUUAAAAUAGAAAUUUAAAUAGUUUAAAUUAUCUGGCUAAACACUACGAGAAAGUUUAUAAAUAUGAAAUGAAAAGAUAUAAAAUUUUGUUUCCUUGUGAACAAUUGUUUACGCAGAACUCCUGCUCCUUUCCGAAGAUAUAUUCACAAAAUAUUUUAAUAAUGACAGUAAAGAGUAACUGCAGUAUUACCUGAUGUGAAUUUUUGUAUUAUUAUAAAGACAAUAAUUUUAUUCGGAGCAUGGUACACAAAUCAUAAAAAAAAGGUAAAUACAUCUGCAUAAAGGUGUAUACUAUUAAAUUUUAAACUUAUAAUAUGGAUAAAUUAGCAACAAAGGAAAUGUAAAACAGUAAUUAGAAGAUUUUACCCAAUACAGACCAAACCUUAGAAGAACUAUGAGAAUUAGAAAAAGACAUACACAUAUAAACACUUUUGUGUAGAUUUCACAUAUCCAUGUUCUGCUCGCGACCAUUUGAAAUGGAAUUUUAGUUUAUUUUGAUAGAGAAAAAAAAUACAGAGUAACAUUAGAGAAGUAUGGGUGUAAGGCUGUUUCUUUAUUUGAGUAGAUUUUACAAGUCGGUUAUUUUGAAGCAACAUAUAAGCAAUAUAAAACAAAUUUUCUCUUCUGCUUAAAUAGAAUAGAAAGAUCUUUUCAAAUCGUGUCAUGUACGUAUACGUAUAUACUCAGCAAACAAAAUUGCAAUUAACAAACACGACGCACAAAUAUGUGAUUAUUUAUAGAAUAGUCAAUGAAUUAUUGCGUCACGAUUUAGUAGCAAAGUAUCAUACACCCAUACUAGCAGUCUUUGAAGAAUCUUUUAUGCAGACAUGUAUGUAUAUUAAGUGCUAGGACAAUUAAUACAGCGAUAAAUGUACCUGUACACGUCGACCAUAUGAUGGUUUGCCUCUAUGGAAAAUUACGUUCCAACUCCUUAAUUCUUGUCAAUUCUAUUCAAAAUUUGGGAAUAUCGAUAAAAUAAACACGAUAGAAUGAAACACAGAAAUGGCUAUUUAUUCUUUAAUCUUCAGCAGUUCUUUGGAUCUUUUUGAUCCAUUGGAUUAAAUUGCUUUUAAGAGAUCUAUCAGAGCUAGAAAACUGGAACUUGAAGAGAAUGUCAUUUAAUUCAAGAGAUAGGAAAGAAGAUUAGACACGUACAUAUAAAAAUUAUCCAUUAUUUUCGAUAAAUGGUUCAAUGAUGAUUAGUAACGUGUGCGUUACAUUCUGCAUACGACAGUGAAGAUAUAUAAAAUAUUUUGAGAGGCAAAUUCGUAAAUUCUUUAAAGAUGGAUAUAAAAAAAGAGAAAUAUAUAUAUAUACACACACAUAAACAUAAAUAUAUUUAAUAAAAUUCCUUGAUAUAUAUUGUAAAUUCAAAGAGAUAUUCAUUAAUCUAAUAGGAUGAAUUCUCCGAUAAUUUUGUUAAUUAGCCAGUGGUGUUGAGAAUACGAAUUGCCGAUAUAUCAGUAGUUCUUAACCAAAGGCGCGUAGCGACAGAUAGAUGACAAUGAACGAAUAAAAUUAUUCUUACAACUGGAAUUAGAGGGAAGGCAGCGAAAGAGAGAUAUAAUGUGUUACAUCGUUUAGAGAUUUUAGGAAUAAGGAGCUUCUGCUGUGUAAAAUUUUCUCGCUAAGUGUUAUACUCUGUUACAUUUAAUGCUCACAAGAUUAUUUAUUUAAAGAAUACUGCGUGCGUAGCGUUUUUCCCCAAAAAUUUCAAUCAAGACGUAAGUAAGUUUGACGAUGAAAGAUAUUUCUUGUACAGAUACACGUGUCACAGGGACUCAUGAAAAAGAAAUGGACGUUAAUUUAUUCUUUACCAAGUCAAGAGCUACGUAUUAAUGACGGGGAGAAGAAUAAAGGGUCUUCUUAUAAAUAUUAAUUGAAACUGUAUUAGCGAUUAAGUCUGUAAUUACGAAAGUUGUAUAUAAUGUGUAUAACGUAUUAUAUGUUAUUCUUGCGUUCGCCGAGUCUUCGUUUUGAUCACUUUUAUAUAAAUACACACACACACACACACACACACGAUACAACACACACAUGCUACUGUGAAAAUAAUUUAUAAUUAUAAACGUAUUUGAUUUUUACUUGUAUCUAUAUAAAAUUCAGGACAAUUAGCCAAACUUCUGUAAAUAGAUCUUCUCGUAGUAAAACCU